AUGCCACCACAGAACCGCAAACAACGCCGAGCUGCCGCGGCGGCUGAAAAAGAGCAGCAGCAACAAGACAGCUUCGAUCCUUCCUCCAUCCCUCUUGCGCGACCACCAGCCAACAGCGAAAGACCGGCAAAGACAUUGUUCGAGAUCGUAGCCGAGCGACAACAGGAGUUGAAUCAAUUUGUCGGCAAUGACGAUAAUAAAAAGAAACAGAACAAGAAUGAAAAGGAGACUGCAUCAUCGUCAGCAUCGUUAUUCGACCUAGAUGCGACAGAGACGCAGUUCCUGGAAGUGUCGCCGUCGGGCGGGAUAUCCUCAUUUAAACCCGACUCUUCUCGCAAGGGAGACGAAGAAGAAGCUUCAGGAGAAGGAUUACCGCCUCUCAUCGACACCCUCCUCUUGUCCCUCCCACUAACCACCGUACAUCUAACCCUCGCCUUCCUCGCGGCCCACCAAUACAUGCAAGAUAUCAACUUCAAAAACCUAUUACGCGAAUCGACCCUGAUCGCUUUCCCCGUGCUCACAUUCUGCAUUCAUCUGGCACAUGGGCAUAUAAUUUCGUUCCCAUGGCAGAGAAAAUCCCAAAACAAAAACAAAAACAAAUCGAAAGCAAAAACCACAAAACAACCGCCGCCGCCAGCAACUAUAUCAUCAGUAAUCUAUACCGCCCUAGUCGGCGACCUACAAAACGGUAAAACAGCGUUUUUCCUACCGCUCGCUAUCGUGCUGGGUUCUUUUCUGGUGCGCACGACGAAUGAAGCGGGCUAUUAUGCUGUUAUGAAACGUGCGCCGAGUAUAGGCACUAUGUGGGUUUGGUGUGUGCUCGAGAUCUCGUCGCCGUUGGCGGCGUUGAUGGCUGUUUUGGUGCCGUUGGCUUGGGGGAAGGGGAUUAUGGGGUAUCCUGUUUAUUAA